CUUGCAGACGACAUCUCUGCCUCAGAAAGCUGGCCGCGCGCCUCACUCUUCAUCAGCAGCCGUCAAAGGAAGAACAACAGAAAGCGGAAGAAGACCUCUCUCCCUCUCACUCGGCCAUUUCCCACACGUUUCGUCUCUUGAGUAAAAUGCCUCCGGCCAAGAAACCCGCGGCAACCAAGGCUGCCCCAGCCAAGGCCCCUGCAGCCGCUAAGGCCGCAGAUGGCAAGAAAGCUGACAAGCCCGCAGCCAAGGCUGAGAAGCCUGCCGCUGAGAAGCCCGCAGCUAAGGCGGAAAAGCCUGUGAAGGCUGACAAGCCCGCAGCCAAGCCCGCUGCUGUCAAAGCUGAGAAGCCUGUGAAGGCUGAGAAGCCUGCGGCACCCAAGGCUGAGGCCAAGCCUGAGGAGACCAAACCUGCUGAUGCUUCAGCUGUCAAGAAGGCUGCGGCACCGAAGGUUGCCAAGCCCAAGAAGGCCGACCCCAAGAAGGUUCCUGGUGGUGUGAAGAAGCCUCAGCCCAAGAAGAUGGUACUGAAGGGAAAGGCUGUUCAGAAGAAGACUAAGCUCGCUCUUAAGUUUUACUUGGACUGCACGAACCCUGUGGAAGAUAACAUCAUGGAUGUUACUAACUUUGAAAAGUACCUGCAGGAGAAAAUCAAGGUUAAUAACAAACUUAACAACUUUGGCACAUCCGUCAGCAUUGAGAGGCAAAAGAACAAGUUGUGCCUCAGUUCAUCUGUUCCCUUCAGUAAAAGGUACCUGAAGUACCUUGCUAAGAGGUACCUGAAGAAGAACAACCUCAGAGAUUGGCUGCGAGUUAUUGCCACAACUAAGGACACCUAUGAAUUGAGAUACUUCCAGAUCAACAGUCAAGAAGAUGAUGAUGACGACGAUAACGAAUAAGUGUUUAUCCUGUGUGUGGUUUUAUUUAGUAAAAUAAAUUUGGCCAUUCACACA